CCCUCUUGGGGUUUUAGCCUUCGGAGCAGAAUCGAGCACUGUCUGCAAGUGCAAGUGCAGAGUGCAGGCCUAAUCUCGCCUCUUCUUCUUUCCUUUUUCUUGGGUUUUUCUCGUUUUCGAAUCGAAAUCUCACGGCUUUUGGUUGCAGAAGGAAUCCUGUUCCGAGCGCGAGAUUCAUCUCCUCUCGGCUUUCGUUCUGUACCCAGAAUCCGCGAGAAGAACCCGAGAAAGCAGGAAUUCUUCUCGCCUGUUCGUCGCGUAGUGAUCAUCAUCGUUCCGAACAAAACGAUGCCCGCGAACGACGGCUUCUCAGGUGUCUCAAAUUGCUACGUCUUCAAGAGUCGGUUGCAAGAGUAUGCACAAAAAGUGGGACGACCAACCCCAGUCUAUGAGACCAUAAAAGAAGGUCCUUCGCAUGAACCUUCAUUUAGAUCAACGGUGAUUGUUAAUGAUGUCAGAUAUGAUUCUUUACCUGGGUUCUUCAACCGGAAAGCAGCCGAGCAGUCAGCUGCCGAAGUUGCAUUGCUGGAGUUAGCAAAGUCUGGUGAAAUCAGUGACAGCAUUUCUCAACCAGUUCAUGAAACGGGGUUAUGCAAAAACCUUCUUCAGGAAUAUGCGCAGAAGAUGAAUUAUGCGAUUCCCCUGUAUGAAUGCCGAAAGGAUGAGGCAACCGGGAGAGUGCCUCUCUUUUCAUGCACUGUUGAGAUUGGUGGAAUUCGUUACAUUGGUGCCACUGCAAAAACCAAGAAAGAAGCGGAGAUUAAAGCUGCCCGAACAGCUCUUCUUGCCAUACAGUCGAGUACACCCAAUUCAUCUGAGAAACCGAUUACCAACUCUCAGCUGACGGUCGUUCCAUGUAAAAAGAGAGGGAUAGAGACGGCUACUAAUGCUGAGGACGCUGGAAAUCCUCCCAAGGCAAAGAAAGCGCGCUUCAAGAAGAAAUCGUCGAAAAGGAAGCUCUCAGCGGAUAAGUUAGGCAAUGAUCAAAUUCAGAAUACGGGAAAUCCUAAUCUAAGGAUCAACAACCCUGUUCCAUCUGGAGUCUCAGAAGGUGCAACUGGACCAUCGGCGAGGGACUUGGGGCUCAAUACAAAUGGAAAUGAAAGCGAAAGAUGUGUGGAUAUUGCUCCUGUGAAUGCUCUUAAUUUUCAAAAUUUGCAGUGCCUAGCUUCCAAUUUCAAUCAAGGCAACCUUGGCACUCAAGGUACACUCCUUGUCCCUCAUGAAGAUGCUAGUACUUUGUUGAGGGAGACGAAUAACAUUUCUGGAGUCGAUGAAGUGACCUCAGCUGCAAACUAUUGCUCUGGCUGUGCUAACAUGGAGAACUCAAGUGGCAUUGUUGGGUUUGACUAAUCUAAAGAAAGUGUCUGAAAUAUUGCAGAUUAUUAUUAGGACCUAGAUAAUUAUUCAAUGGAAGCUUACUUUUUGAUUCCUUUUAGGAUAGAGCUAUUGUCAUAUUUGACGAGAGUAAUUAAGUCAUUAUCAGCAGACUUGGUCUGGAGCCACAUAGGUGCUAUAUGUUUUGAGUGCAAAUGCUUGUUCUCGAACAAUUGACAAGAUUCUUAAUGAGAAGCAAAUUCAGAUGUAUUGCAUGAUCUCA